UGUAGAUACGGUGAUAAAAUUAAGACAGUUUAUAUAUAAAGGACAAAUUGAAAAGACUCGUGUGACAGAUAUUACUUGUUAUAGGAUAAAUGUUGUUGACUCUUUGAUAAGUUAAAUAAAUUUUAGAUAGUGAAAGGGAAGAUAUUAUGCAUAUUAAGAGAAACAUAAGAACUUGGGGGUAUGAUUCUGAUACAGGUUUUGUUUACAUACGAGCUUCGGGUAGAAGAGGAUGGGGUUAUUGACUCCAGUAGUAAGAAUUCUUUUGUGUUAUUAACGGGAUAUUGAGUGAUUCGUUCCCCGCUUCUUUUUGGAUAUUUUGUUCUUUUUUGGGAUCAAUAAUGCUGUCGGAUAUUUAAAAUGAAUCCCCGUAAUUAUUGUAUCCUGCUCUUCUGUAUUUAUGGCUUGGCUUCAGCAACGGACAUUGUGUACAACUUGCUCGAAGAGCAACCGCCACGGACAUUUGUUGGAAAUGUUGCAGACGAUACCAAUUUACGAUCAACAUUAAAUGAAAGUGGUUUUAACAGACUUCAAUUCGAAAUCUUAAAAGAGGGAAGCAAAUAUGCUGACUGGUUCACAAUCGACAUUAAAAGGGGCCAGUUGGAAACCAGUGAAGUAAUAGAUCGCGAGAAUGUAUGCACUUCCCCACAGUCUUGUAUUCUGGGAUUAGACAUUGCAAUUUAUCAAGAAGAUAAAGUGAAUUCGUUGAUCUUAGAUUUAUACCAAGCAUUUCGCAUACAAAUUAUUUUGGACGAUUUGAAUGAUAAUGAACCAUCGUUUCCAAAGUCCGAACUUAGUUUAACUGUUCCGGAAUCUUCCGAGAUUGGGUAUGUACUAUUUAUAAGCUCGGCGGACGAUCCAGACAGUGGCGAAAACAAUGGUGUCGCCACUUACGAACUCGUAGCAGACGACGAUACUUUUUCUCUACAGACACCAGGAGUCGAUGGCGGGAAUCUUGGCAUUGUUGUGAAUAAAAACUUAGAUCGAGAAACGCAAAAUUUUUACCGCUUUCGAGUGGUUGCUAAGGACGGUGGAAUCCCGAUCAGAAGCGGCAGUGUAAUGAUUAAUGUUACUGUGCUGGAUACAAACGAUAAUUCUCCGAUAUUCGAACAGCUAGAAUAUGCCGUUUCUUUCCCCGAAAAUACCCCCAUUGGAACGACUGUACUGAAAGUAACCGCAAAUGACAAAGAUAUUGGGGAAAAUGGCGAAGUAUUGUAUAGAUUUAGCGCAAGGGCUUCAGAUAAGGUAAAAACCAUUUUCGACAUUAAUGAUAUUUCGGGUGAAAUAUCGUUGAAAAAAGACAUUGAUUAUGAAAAAGACCAGUCUUUUCAGUUCACCGUUGAGGCAUACGAUAAAGGAGCAUCUUCCAAUAAAGCACAGUCGAUUGUUAAAGUUACGAUUUCUGAUGAAAACGACAAUUCACCAGAAAUACAUAUAAAUAUUCCACCAGGUGGAUCUGAAAUACCUGAACCAGCGGAAGUUGAUCGAUAUAUCGCUUACGUCGAUGCGCAAGAUCCCGAUAGCGGCGAAAAUGGCACUGUGACGUGUACAAUUAACAACGAUUAUUUUAGACUGGAGUCUAUCAAUACUGGGAUGUAUAAAGUAAAGCUGAACCGGUUGUUAGACAGGGAAACAGUGGAAGUUCAUAACAUAAACAUCAUAUGCUCGGAUAACGGGAGACCAAAGCGAUCUAACACCACUAUGUUAUCAAUUCGUGUAUUAGAUAUCAACGAUAAGUUUCCUGUGUUCAAUCAAUCAAAUUACGAUAUGGAUAUCCACGAAAACAAUAAAAUUGGCGAUGUUAUUGGCAUGGUUACUGCAACAGAUGAAGAUAUUGGCGAGCAUGCGCUUCUAUCAUACCAUAUAGAACACAGUUUUGAUGAAGAGUACUUUAAAAUCAAUCAAAAUACGGGACUUCUCAGUGCCAAUAGAGUUUUUGAUCGAGAAGAACGAGCAUUGUACGAGUUCAAAGUUAUUGCAAAAGAUUCCGGACAGAUUAUUCAUAGCUCUCUCCCAACUACUGUUCGCGUUCGAAUUGUCGACAAAAAUGAUGGUACGCCGAAGUUUACGGAAGAUCGUUAUAUUUUCUAUGUUGAAGAAGAAACACUGCGAGGAACGGAAGUCGGUAAUGUUACCGUUGUAGAUCAUGACACGGGAGCUAAUGGCGAAGUUUCUUUCUUGCAGGAUUUUCCAUAUAAAGAUGUUUUUGUUAUUGAUUCAGCAACUGGAAAAAUAACAACAAAAAAUGUCCUUGAUCGCGAGACAAAUGCGAGUUAUAUUUUCGACCUGACCGCACAAGACAAAGGAAACCCAUCACUACAAAGUACUACAAGGAUAGAAAUUUUCGUGAAAGACAUCAACGAUAAUGUUCCGUUGGUAAAUUUCCCUACAAAUCGAAAUAACACUGUCUCUGUACCACAGACAACUACGAUUGGAACCAUCAUCACACGAAUCAGCGCAACGGACUUAGACGAAGGCAUUAACGGUCAGCUGACGUAUCAUAUUAUGCAGGGUGACCGACGUGGUAUAUUUAGAAUGAACAAUUUGACAGGUGCGAUGAUAGUCGAUAAACAAAUCGAUGAAAGCGAUGCUGGAACAUAUACAUUGUUGAUUGCGGUUCAAGAUAAUGGCAUACCACAACUUACCACUUGGACAAACCUCGUUCUGAUUAUUCAGGACGACAAUGGCCGAAAAAACAUGAUCAUUGCUAUUGCCGUGGCAACCGUUACUUUUGCGUUAUCAGUGGCGAUGAUUUUGACAAUUUUUGUUAUCCGACGACGAGAUGUGAUGAGAAAGAAACAGAAAGAACUUGAAGUAAAAUCCGACAAACAAAACUUUGUUGCCGGGUGGUUAAACUGUCUGUCAACAUCGUCGAAGGAUAUUCCGAAAAUGAAUAUGGGUGAAAAGGUCAAGGACACAAAUAAACAGAUGGACCAUAAGACUGAUACUGAUAUGCAGCUAAUGGUUCCAGACACCGGAAGUACAUCAUCAGAAGAUAGCAAAUCAAUCGGGCCUGGGUCCAAUCAAAAUUUAACAAAGAUUGACAACAAUCUGAACGAAAAGAAGGAAGAAAUGUCACCCAGGGAACAGGACAGUGGGUUUGGUGAGAGCCUGGAGAGACGGGGAUUGCAAGAAAUGAAAGGAGGAUUUCAUGAUGAAACACAGCGGUCGAAAACAUCAUAUUUGGAUAGCAGAGGAGUGCGAAUUCCCUCCCCUUACUUAGAUACUUCACUUCCAAACCGAUGUUGGAAGAAAAAUGACCGACAGACAUAUAAUCGAGCCAUUAGUUUUGAUGAUGAAGUUUUACGCGAGAGAGAACGAGAAAAAUCAAAUGUGCCUUCUUUUUCAAGUUUUAAUUGUCGGUCUAUAUCCGAUUCAGGACAAAAUACAAACUUGUUCACUAUAUCAGAACAAAAACAACCUUAUGGAUGCCACAGCUUACAUAGGAAUCCACCAAACAGUAAUAAAUCAUUAAAUUCAAAGUACUCUUUUAGAAAUCCGCCUCGGAGGGAUUUGCCGCCGAUAAGUGCAACACCAGAACCAGAAGUUGUAGAACCAUGUGUCUAUGAACCAUAUGCAUAUGGCAACAAACCAUACUCGUUAGACAGACAUUCUUUUUCAGAUAAUCAUAUAAACAUUCAUUCUGAUAUUUAUUCUCAAAGUCCACGAUCAGAAACAUAUACUCAGAGUCCAAGACCUUAUAGUCCGAGGUCUGACAUUUAUGUGCAAAGUUCAAGAUCAGACACAUAUGUGCCGCAUUCAGGAUUAGAUACAUAUGUAGAGAGUUCCAGGUCUGACACAUAUGUUAAUAAUUCGAGACAUAAUACUCAUGCAAACUCCCAUUCCAGAGAUGGAAUAAUUUUGGGUAAAAUUGACAAUAACGAUAUCGUUGUCUAGUUAUUUUGACAAAUGAAUUUCAACACAACGAACAUUGUUGAAGAACAAAGUGCUACAUAAAUGUGAUAUUUUCAAAACGAUGACUGAUCUCAGUGACUUUUAUUUAUGUUACAUUAAGUUUAAAAAUACCAUUGGCAGAUCAUUUUCUAAUAACAUAUGUGCUAAUGGCGUUUUGCGUUUUGUUGCUCAUUGGUUCAUACCGAGAGGGAGGGGAGGGGAUUUGUUUCGUUCUGGGAAUUUUAAGAUACAGAGGGAGGAGAGGGGAAUGGUGGUAGGGUAUUUUAACAUUUCUUCAUUCUUUUUAGAAAUUUUAAUUUUCAAAACAAGAAAAAAUCGACAACAAUUGGGAUUGAUUCCCUUCUAAAACAUUUUCGAAAGCUGUCGACAAAAUUGAGCAAAUUUCUAUUCUUUAACAAAUAUUAAACCUUGCUUAAAAACAAGUAUAUAAUUUUGUAGAAUAAGAUAAAGUUGUAAACAAAUGGUGGAUGAAGGACAAGGGAUAUAGUGGUAAAAAAAUCGGAUCUGAAAAAAAAGAAUGAACAAAAAUAGGUAAUAGGGGGGAAACACAAAAAAGGCGUGAUUUAGGAAAUGAGGAACCUCUCUCAUAGACAAAUAUUCUCUCGAGAACUAUGAACUUUCAAUGGUAUUCUUGAACGUUAUAUUUCAGUUUUAUGUGCCAAAAGUGUUUUAUUGUAAUGAUCUUGAAAUUUAGAUUUUACUUGUUUUUGUCUUCGUAUAGUUUUUGUCUGCCUGAAGAAUAUGUGUAUAUUUUCAUAAUACGGUUGAAUGGAUGAGUGCAUUGUUAAAAAUAACAAAUUAAGGAGCAAAUGUGUUUUAUGCGUGCGCAUGCUUUUUAUAAGGUGACGGGAGGAUAUUUCUAGCAUAUUUUUGAACUAAGAAGAAUACAAAUACAGUGCAUACAUGUAUAUUUAUAUAUAUUACAUGUGGUUUUUUUUUCAUUUUUAAAAUUACCAUUUGUUUUACAAGGAAGCGGUUAUGCUCAUGACAGCUUUUAAUUACUAACGGUUGCAUGGCUAAUCUGUAGCAUAUAUAUGGUAUCUCUAAUACGGGUAGUCAUUAAAAAUCAUAUUUGGUGGUUUCAUGACGCAAGCUAAUUUUGCUGUCCUUCAUAUUGUUCGAAAACUGCAGCUAAUUGAUUACAAUAGCCUCUUGUAUCUAUUAAAGAAUUCAAUGGUUAUGUGCUAAUGUUUUGUUUAAUCAUUGGACAGAAAAAGGAUUUUGUUUAUUGUAUGAGUAACGAAAGAUUGUUGUGUGUGUUUGUUAUAGAUAUUUUUAUAAAUUGUUUAAUAAAUUAAAUAUUUAAAACUU